CCAGAGUGUAAGACGAACUGGAUGCUUUGUAGCUGGAAUACGAACAGACCCAAAACAUGACGCUGAAACUAACGCUACCCGGGCUGAUCAUGACUCUGAUGAUGAUGGUGAAGGAAGGUGAUAUGGUGUGGCACUAUCCAUACGAUUUGCUCAUGACGGAUAACUACAUCAUCACAAAUCCCGACUACAGUUACGAGGUCAAUAGCCUUGGUGAAUGUCGGCGUACGUGCGUGAGUGCUGUGGCGUGUGCGGCGUACAGUUACACGCCACACCCGCAGAAGUCGUGGCUGUGGCAGUGCUUCUUCAGCAACACGACGGAGGUCCAGCGGAGCCUGGAGUACCAGCCCAAUGCCACCACCUACUUCAAGGAGAGGAAGCCCAAGAAGUACGUUGUCACCAACGCGACAUACGCCCAGCCAAACGUGACGACUUUCUGGGAGGCUUGCGGCAAGAUGGGUGCCCUGCCUGGCCUCAUCCUUUCCUACCAGGACUGGCAGAAUGUACCUUUUCCUGCCACCGGUUACCUCUACAUCCCUCUGAUGCGCUCGACUUACGGAGUUCGACGCUGGAUGAACCACUCGCACUUUCUGGACGACGACGGCCCGUUGCCCUACGUUACCAACGGGUACUACUAUACAGUCCAUGUCAUCACGAGUACUAGGCAGAUACACGGAACGGACCCCGGCUACCCUUACAAGAUCCUCUGCUUCAUGUACUGAGUGAGUCUUCAGCGGCACAAACCCCAGGGGCCUAAACAAGAGCGACGUUACCAACCUUCCUGAAGCACAAGUUGACUGGGGUUCCAAACCCCAGUCACCUAUAAACGGCCAAAUCAUGCGCAAUGCGCCUUUUCAUCUCCUACUGUCUUUUC